AUGAGCUUAGCCAGUGAGUUACAUCAAGUGCGAUCCAUCGAUAGUGGAGAUGAAGCCAACAGUGCCACCAAUACAUUUUCCGACUCCACGCCGGGUUUAUUACGUAGAAUAUCAUCACCCAUUAUAUCUGACUUGCCGAGCAUAUUCAGUCACUUAAGGUCCAAUGAUAGUGAGCCUAUGAUCAAGAGUGUCAGUGGUAAGAAUAUAAUCAAACGCGUUUUAAGUGGCAACAAGUCAAACGAUAGUAUUGGUUCGUCUAAUUCAAUAUCAUCAGUUGCAAAUCCCGUAAUAGCAAAAGAACCCCUGAGUGAACCCCCAAUUGUAGCAAAUGAAGACGACGCGAAAACUUUCGAGUCAGAGUCAAACAUAUCAAAAUCAAUCGAUCAGUUGAGGAUACCCAGUAUAUUCCAUACCGAUGGUCUACCGUUAUUAAAAGUGUCACACAAAUCGAAAAAGAGGAUCCUACUAUUUAUUGAUUUAGUGAAUUUCUCCUUCCUAUGGAAAUUGGCUCCUAACCCAACCACUCUGGGCAAUAAACGAUUAUCAAUACACGGAUCAAAUCAGCGAGUUCACGAUUUUACAGUUGACGAUAUUAAAUUUGUAUACACACAUGAAAAGGGUUCAAAUUAUCGCGAGGAGCUACGAAUCUCAAAGGAGUUUGAAACUAGGUGGAUAACGUUGGUGUACUUUAAUCGCAAAAAGGGCAAUUUAAAAAUGCUACAUUUGAUUGCUGAUACAGAGCACAAUUUUAAACGGUUGAACAUGGCCAUCACCACUAUGAAAGAUUUGCGACAUCACCUUGCCACUGAGUUUUUAGUUGACUUGAACGAAUUGGAUGAGGCGCAUAUGAAGAUGAUUCUAAAUCGAGAAAUCCAUGUGCAGCAGAAACAACUCACCAAGGAGUACCUCACUUUUAAUGAUAUUUUAAAGUAUGCAAGAAGGUUGGGUAUCAGUAUCAAUAAGCUGCAUUUGGAGAAUAUAUUCAAUAGCGUGUUUGAAGCAUAUGGUGAUUUGGCGGUGGAUCUGAAAGAAAAGGGUCUCAACUUUGAGCAAUUCAAGGAAUUUAUAUCCAUACUAAAGAAAAGAGAUGACGUUUUAGCAAUCUGGAAGCAUUGUUGCAUAGAUGUUUCGCAAGGAAUGAGCAGAUUGGAUUUUGAAAGGUUCUACUUGGCAGUCCAGCGUGAAAAACAGGAUAGAAGCCAAAUCAAUUUCAUUUUUGAGCAGUUCUUGACCAAUGGUGGGCAUUGGUCUGCCGAUGACCUUAAUGCUUACCUCAUGUCAAGCUUUGCAAAUCCAAUAUUGAAUAUUGAGACAGACAAUUACUAUACAUAUCCUUUGACGGAUUAUUACAUUUCCUCAUCUCAUAACACCUACUUGACUGGCAGACAAGUGGGAGGCGAUUCAUCAAUAGACGGCUACGUGAGAGCGUUGCAGAGAGGCUGCCGAUGUAUCGAGAUUGAUAUUUGGGAUGGUCCGAAUGAAGAAGAUUCUAAUGCUACUGACCAGGAGCCAAUAGUGAACCAUGGCAGGACAUUCACCAAACCAAUAAAGUUUGCCAAUGUGGUAAAGACAGUUCAAAAGUUUGCUUUUAUCACAUCGCCGUAUCCGUUGAUUCUCAGUUUGGAAAUAAACUGCUCUGCCCUGAGUCAGAUGAAGGUUGUUAGGAUCUUAAAAGACACUUUGGGUGAUAGUAUGGUGACAUCUACUAUUGAUGAUACUUCUACUUUGCCAUCGCCAGAAAGACUCAAGUACAAGUUUUUAAUCAAGGCGAAAAAGACAAGUCCGUUUAAGCAUUUGAUUGAAACUGAUGAAGGCAGCUUCACAACGUCUACAACCACAACUUCGUUUUCCGAAGACAACGGUGCAAACAAGCUGACUGGGAAAACGUUCAGUUUAAGAAGGAAACCAAAAGCGCCCAAAGUGAUUGAUCAAGUUAGUGAGUUGGGGGUGUACUUGCAAGGUAUCAAGUUUCGUAACUUUUCAUUGCCAGAGUCAAAGAUAUACAAUCACUGCUUUUCCCUUAGUGAAAAGGCAAUCAACAAGAUGAUGAAGGAUGAGAUAAAGAAAACAUCGUUGGAUAAACACAAUAGAAAGUAUUUUGUGCGUGUUUAUCCAUCAGGAUACAGAGUCACAUCUACGAAUUUCAACCCCAUAAAGUAUUGGCAACAUGGGGUCCAAAUGGUGGCUACAAAUUGGCAAACAUAUGACCUUGGCCAACAACUAAAUGAGGCAACGUUUGAAGGUGUCGAUAAAAAAGGUUAUGUUUUAAAGCCAGCACAUUUACGGAAACCGAUAAUUAAGAGUUCGAAAUUUUUCAAAAUGUUCCAGCCUGCUUCCAAGACAAUCAGAUUUAGUAUAAGCAUAAUCAGUGCCCAUCAAUUGCUGAAGCCAAAAGACACUGAUGAUAUCAUUAGUCCCUUUGUGACGUGUGAAAUUAUCGGCGCUGAUAAAGUCAAUUGGGACUCGCCGUCGAUGGAACUUGGAAGGACCAAGGCUAUCGCCGAUAAUGGAUUUAAUCCUAUAUGGAAUGAAACGUUUAGUGGAUCCAUUACGGGGUCUCUCGAUUUGGUUUUUGUUAAAUUUGUGGUCAAUUCGGUGCCCAAUGUAGACAAAAUGGACGAUGUUGCACCGUUAGGUUUACUAGUUGCCAAAUUGAGCUACUUGAAGCAAGGCUAUAGGUAUUUGUACCUCAACGAUUUACUUGGUGAACAGUUGGUGUACUCAUCCUUGUUUGUCAAGAUUUCGUAUGAUUCGUGA